AUGAGCCAGAUCGUCCUGUACACUGGAGAGAUGUUUACUGGGUCUUAUGAUACCUAUGCAACCGACGUACAAAAUUAUCAGUCUGUCACCAGCCUGCCUCAAGUGAAAUCCCUUAAAGUUAGCAGUGAAACCUGGAUCGUGUACUCUGAGAAAGAAUUCAAUGGAGACAUCGCUGUCUACAAGGCAGGGAACUAUGGAUAUGAUCUAAAGAUCAAAACAAUUGGAUCUUUCCGGAAGUUUUCUGGACAAUUGGAGAAUCAUGAGAUCACUGUGUUUGACCAAACCAACUAUCAAGGACCAUAUGAAGUAUUUAAAGACCCUGAAUACCAAACUGUGAGAAUGCCAAUCCUGUCUCACAAAGUGGGCAAUGGAGUUUGGAUCCUGUAUGAUAGCGCAGGACUCCAUGGGAAAAGCAUUGUCAGCAUCAAAGGAGAUGAGGUGUCUGAUGAAUUAGUCACAGCAUUGGAAGGUCCGGUGAAAUCCCUGAAGGCCUACGUGACCUAUGAGGAAGAAAAACAAUAA